AUUUGCAUUGUUUUGUCACUUGUCAGCGACUGAAGCUCCAACAGUAAUCUUGUUUUUCUUUUAUAUAUUAAUAAUAAAAUUAAUUAUGGAUACAUCCACAAGUAAAACGGAAUCCACUACUACUCCAAAACAAGCGAUGGUCUACAUUUGCGGUGAAUGCCAUCACGACAACGAAAUCAGAGCCAAGGAUCCCAUUCGAUGCAGAGAAUGUGGUUACAGAAUCAUGUACAAGAAGCGAACUAAACGCUUCGUUGUAUUCGAUGCUCGCUGAUCAAAUGGGCCAAGGAUUCUGGGAGAUUGAUUUUUGAAUAAUUUAAGUAUGUAAGUCUUGAUUGUAAUAUAAGAGAAUUUUUUCAAAUAUAUAACGGAUUAUUAGAACUA